UGAAAUAAAAAGUUACAUAUAUGGGAUUAAUAUGUGCUUAUUUGAAUACAAAAAGAAUAUUUCUCAUUUUAUUAUUUUUAAAACGAAAUAUUUUGAAUUAAAAUAACACAUAUUUUAUGUUAUAUUAAUACCCGAUAUCAUAAUUUACAAGAAUUAUAAUCGAAACUGUUUUCGAUUAUAUUCAAAAUCUUUAUUAAUCAACUGGAUUGUUGAUAUGGCAUUAUUGACAUUUUUUUAAAGUUAAAUAACAUCAUCAUAUUAGUUAUUUACCAAAACAAUGAAAUCUACGCUCAAUGAGCAAUGACCAAUGCUCAUUUUGCCAAACUGAAGAAAAAAACUGUACUCUCCUUUAUGUAUAAUUGUAGAGUAACAAAGCAUUUCAUCUUUAUAAUAGAAGGAUUUUAAAUCACGUAGAUAGUAUUUAUAUAUAUUGUGAAAAUGGACAGUCUUUUCACACAAAAUAUUUCAGACGAACCAGAGGAUAUACCACAAACAGAUGAACCAGUUUGGGUUCUAGGAAAAAAAUAUAAUGCCAUAAGAGAACUCGACGCAAUUCGUAGGGAUAUAAGAUCCAAAUUAUGGUUUACUUAUCGAAAAAAUUUUGUACCUAUUGGUGGUUACAAUUCUACAUUUACAUCCGAUAAAGGUUGGGGUUGUAUGUUAAGAUGUGGUCAAAUGGUUCUUGGUCAAGCUUUAAUUAUAUUACAUUUAGGUAGAGAUUGGCAAUGGAGUCUGGAAACUAGAAAUAGUACGUAUCUAAAAAUUCUAGAACGCUUUGAAGACAAAAGAAAUGCUCCUUUUUCUAUUCACCAAAUUGCAUUAAUGGGAGCAUCAGAAGGAAAAGAAGUUGGUCAAUGGUUUGGUCCUAAUACAGUAGCACAAGUAUUAAAAAAAUUAGUUGUGUUUGAUGAAUGGAGUUCAAUCACUAUACAUGUUGCUCUUGACAAUACAUUAAUAGUUAAUGAUAUUUUAAAACAAUGUAGAGUAGAAGGAGGUACAACAGUGGAAGCCGAUGGUGAUGCUCCAUUAAAAGCACCUAGCCAAUGGAAACCUUUAUUACUUUUAAUACCCCUUCGCCUUGGAUUAAGCGAGAUUAAUCCUAUCUACAUAAAUGGUCUUAAAACAUCAUUCAAAAUUCCACAAUCUCUAGGAGUAAUUGGAGGAAAACCCACUCAUGCAUUAUAUUUUAUAGGAUGUGUCGGAAAUGAAGUGAUUUAUUUAGAUCCUCAUACAACACAAAAAUCAGGUAGUGUUGCCAAAAAACUAGAAGAAGAAGAAAUUGAAAUGGAUGCUACCUAUCAUUGUAAAUUUUCUGGUCGUAUUCCUAUUAUAGAGAUAGAUCCUUCUGUAGCACUUUGUUUCUUUUGUGCAACUGAAAAAGACUUUAAAUCUUUAUGUAAAUUUAUUCAAGAAGAAUUAAUAACACCAGAAAAGCAACCUUUACUUGAAUUAUGUGCAGAGAGAUUAGCACAAUGGUCGGUUGAAGAUGUUGCUUCAGAAGCAAUAGCAGCUUCAAGUUUUGUAGAUUUUGAACAUGUAGAUCCACAAUGUGAUACAUCUGAUGAAGAUUUUGAAUUACUUGGUUGAUAUUUCAUUAUUAACAAAAUCUACGAUAUAAAUAAUGUAUAUAUAACAUCAAAGAGUGAAAUGGUCCACUCGUACAUAAAAUACAACCAUUCAUUCAAUACUUAACUAGUACUAUUUCAGUACUGAAAGUUGAAUAAUAAAAUAAUUUAUACCAAAUAA